GGCAGCAGAGCUCAGGACUCCAGCGAGCGCUUGGUGGACGGGGCUUAUUUCUCUCGUCUCUGUCCUUCCGGGCAGUUAAACAUCUCACUGGAACCCGCUUUUCCUUCUUUCAGGGCCCUCUGAGUGGAGGUAGGACAUGGUGAGGCCGGCCAGCCACGCCAUCAGGUGAAGGACAGUCUUCCUUCUGAGAGAUGGAGGCCCCGGAGCAGGAGCCCCAGGAGCCGCCUCGGGAGCCGCCGCGGGAGCCGCAGACCCCAGCCUCCUCCAAGGGGCCGGUGGCUGCGGCGGCGGCUGCGGCGGCGGCCGCAGCGGUGGAGGCGGCGCUGCCCCUGUCCUUGAUGCAGGUGCACUGCCAGUGCCACAUGUGUGCCAGCAGCUUCCAGGCCCAGAUGAGCCUCAGCGUCCACUUCAAGGAGCGCUACGCCCCCAAGACCUACGAGUGUGCCGAGUGCCAGAAGACGUUCAAGCAGAAGGGCAGCCUGACGGUCCACGAGCGCAUGCACACGGGGGAGAAGCCCUACGUGUGUCUGGACUGCGGCAAGUGCUUCCGGAACGGGGGCAACCUCACGGUGCACCGGCGGGUCCACACCGGGGAGCAGCCGUACCGCUGCGACGCGUGCGGCACGGGCUUCAGCCAGAAGGGGAGCCUGGUGGUGCACCUGCGGAUCCACACGGGACAGAAGCCCUACGAGUGCACGCAGUGCGGGAAGAGGUUCAGCACCCGGGGGAACCUGGUCAAGCACCUCCGCGUGCACACCGGCGACCGGCCCUACAAGUGCGCGCAGUGCGACAAGAGCUUCACGCAGAGGGGCAGCCUGACGGUGCACAUGCGCAGCUGCGCCCGGGCCGCUCGCCUCACCUGCUGCCUGCCCGACAGCUGCUUCUCUUGAAUUUCCGGACCUUCCCCGCCCCCAUGGGGGGAGCGUGAGGCCCGGCUCUCCUCCUCUUUUGUGGCCUCUCUUGGCGCCGGUCUGCUUCCGCGGCCAUUCCUUCUCUUGCCCAUCAGACUGCAAAGGGGCAUCUGUGGUUCCGGGCCACCGCUGCGGGGCCUCGGGGCGAAGGGGCGGGGCGGACCGGACUUGGGCUGCCCGAAAAGAAGGGCCCGAGUUCUUCCGGACCGACGGAGGCCUUAGAAUUGGAAUUCAGAUCCGGGAUGCCGCCCCUCCCUCCGCCAUGGACUUGGACUUGAAGUUUGCUUUGCCAAAACGUAGUUAUUGUGCAUAAGAGCUACCCAAUACGUAAAACGUACCUUUCCGUGUAUAUACCUUUUGCCAAUUAUUGGCCGAAAUGAAAAAAUCCCUGGAGGCGGGGCCUGCCAGCCCGCUGCAGAGACUGUCUUUAGUGCGCUGCGGCUCUCCCCGUGGGGCCGCCUUCAGUCGCAGCAUUGACCGUGUCCCUCUGAGACGUUGCCUGCCCCCUACAACUCCCAACAUCUGUCAUUCCAGAAGAAUUUCUGAACUAGUGCAGAAUCCUGCCAUCCCCAAAUGUUUGUGGCCCGAAUAAACAUGACAAUAAAGUGCCUAAUUUGUAGGUAUUC